AUGGCGAAAAAGCCGGGUUUUUCGUUCGCCGGAGAGCUCCCGAUGCACAAAACGAUGCGCCACUGCUUUGGACUCGUCAAAGUCACGGUAAUUUUUGCAGAAAACACGGAGUUUUGGGAUUUUCCCGGAAAUUUUGAUUUUCAGUCGCUCUGCUCGUGUUUAACCUCACUUUUAUUGAUCCAACUCAUCCUUCUGCUCAUCUGUUGCUUAGUUCCGAGCCUUUACGAGCCGCUCGCCGAGUUCUUCCACCCCGGCGACCAGUCGAACGUCUUCAUCGGCCUCCUGGUUCUUUGCUCCGUCUGGAUUGUCCUUUUUUUCACUUCUGUCGUCGCUCUAGUCGCGAAAAAGCCACGUCUGCUCUUUCCGCUUCUGAUUUUCGAGGUAUGUCCCCGAAUUUCUUCAAUUUAUCAAAUCUUUAAAUUUUUUAGACCACAUUCGCGUUAUUGAGCGCCGCCGGAGCCGCCGUUCUCAUGUGGAACCUGGUGAUGUCAUCGGAAGCCGACGAACGACCGAUCGAAAAAGAAAACGUGCUGUUGGUCCGUCUGUGCGCGUUCCUUCUUUUCGGCGCCUACCACUCCUACUACACGUUUAUCGUCCACUCGCUGUACGCGGAUCUGAAGCUGAAGAUCGAGACGGAUCGGUUCAUUGCGCGGCAGAUGAUGAUCGACGAAGUGUGCAAGGAGAUGUACUUUGAGGAGCAGGAAAAUUGCCGGCGAAGUGAACCGUCACGUGUCAACUUUACAACGUACGACGUAACGAGCCCUAUAUCGCCGUACUACUACCCGGACGACGUCUUCUGCUCGGACAACUCGAGCGAUUUGGCCGCUUUUUAUCUCGACGGACCGCUUCGUCACUCAAUCUAA